ACAUUUUUAAAUUGCUUGCUCUGGCCUGUGAUUAAUACAUAAUUGGAAAUUAUUAACCAAAGUUCAAGUGGAUAAAUCUUGUUUGUUAAAAUUAGGUGUUUAUUACAUACCAAUUAAUUUCCGUGAUUGUUUAAAGAUAAAGUUUCUCACUGGAAUGGUUUUUUAAAUUAAAAACAAAUGGGUAGUGAAUUAAAUCUUUCAACUACGGAAGCCAGUUUUUUAAGCAGAGCAUGGAUUGGAAAUAUUUUUUCCAUAAUUUGGAAUUGGACAGGGGUAUGGUUCAGCUGGACGAGGCAAUCUGACACAAUGCUUAGGAAUAUUGAGAAGACUAUACUAUCAUGUGUCAAAACAGCAUAUAAGCGUUUCUAUGUGGACAUAGGGUCGGUUGUGGGGCAAUGUGACAAGAUAUGGACGAUAUCAUUGAACGAUGAAGCGGCACAGACGCCGCUUGUAAUGCUUCACGGAAUGGGGGCAGGUGUGGCUUUGUGGUGCCCCAACUUAGACGCUCUGGCUGCCACGAGACCAGUCUACGCUAUCGACUUAUUGGGCUUUGGCCGCAGUUCGCGACCGAAGUUCGCAUCAGACGCUGAAAAAGUUGAAGCUCAAUGGGUCGAGUCGGUGGAAGAAUGGAGACGAGAAGUCAAGAUAAAUCACUUCAUCCUACUAGGACAUAGCUUGGGAGGAUACAUUGCUACGGCAUACGCUCUCAAAUAUCCUGAUCGAGUACGUCACCUUAUCUUAGCCGAUCCGUGGGGAUUUCCCGAGAAACCGUCUAAUGUGUACGAGAAGUACCAAGUGCCGUUUUGGGUUCGGACGGUCGCGAAAGUCUUGCAACCUCUCAACCCUCUUUGGGCGGUCAGAGCCGCGGGACCGGCUGGCAAAUGGCUGGUUUCAAAGACCCGGCCGGACAUUUCGAGGAAAUUUAUGAAUUAUGUAGCCGAUGCACAGACAGUUAUACCGGAAUAUUUGUAUCAAUGCAAUUCGCAGACCCCGAGCGGCGAGAGCGCCUUCCACACACUGAUGCACGGUUUCGGAUGGGCAAAGAACCCGAUGGUACGCCGCGUCGACAGACUGCAUCCCGCCCUACCCGUUACGGUGCUGUAUGGGUCUCGCUCCUGGGUGGAUAAUACUACGGGCCAACAGCUGGCACAGCAUCGCCCGGAUUCCGAUACUACCGUCCAGGUGAUCAACGGUGCGGGCCAUCACGUAUAUCUCGAUAAACCAGAUCUAUUCAAUAAAUACGUUAACGAAGCGUGCGCACGCGCAGAUGCGGACACGACGUUCGCGACACGAAUCGAAAAAACGGAGUCAGCUAGCGAGAAACGGAGUUCGGUUGACAGACAACCAGAUUUAGAACCGAAACAAUGCGAUAACACGAACCCGGUGUCUACAUCCUGAUAGAUUAUGAAAUUAGCGAAUUUACUGCAUUGCCUUAUAGGUUAUAGCGAACGAAAAUCAGUAUUUAUGCGCGCACAUUAAUGCCCAAUAAUGCAGUUUUAAUUUUGUACUGACGUCUACACGGACAAAUAUUGAAUGUUUAGUCUGAAGCUGUGAUAAUUCUGAUGUUCAAAUCUAAAAUAUUAUCUUGUAGGUGAACUGAAACUUGAAUGUAUUUUACACUAUUUUUCCACUGUCCAUCAGAAUUAGCAUCCGUCUCUCCAAUUAUGUUAUAUUGUUUGAAAAACUUAAAAAGUGUACACAUUAUAUUUAUGGGAAUAGGGGUAUAAAAAUUGUAAAAUAAAUUAAGGCAUGUGAGCUUACAAAAUCACAAAUACGUACGCUUAAAAGUAGGAUUUAAGAGGUCCUACUUUGUUAAACGAUAACAUUGAAUUAGGCCUUAUAUACAAUUACCAAAUAAUGCAUUAUAACAUAUUGCAGUCCUUAAUUUUUCAACAUUGAUCAAUAAUAGAAGGUAAUCUUUAAAAUAGCGAUAUUUGUUGGCGAUAGUUAACGUCUUAAUAAUUUAUGUAAUGUUUCUUAAUCAUGUUCGGUUAAUUUAUGCCACACUGUUACAAAUCUAAAAAUAAAAAUGUUUUAUAAA